UUAGGAUGAAAUCAAUCAUAUCUUCAAUUUCAUUCUUGGCUAUCUCCCUCGGAAAUGUUAUUGUAGUACUAAUUUCAUCAGCAAAAUUAUUCAAUAGACAGGUUUAUCAAUUUUUGUUUUAUGCCGGACUGAUGGUUUUGAAUACCGUUCUACUCAUUUUCCUGUCCGUCCGAUACAAGUACAGAGACCAGGCAGAAGAGGCAAUCUCACCGGAGCCUCAGUUGCCACCAGAUCCGGAGAAUAAGACUGGAUUUGACACUCCUAAUGAUCAAACGGGAAACUUAGCAGCCAACUUUUUGUGUCCGAAAGCUUUGGAUUAAAGAAAGUAGAUUUGCUCGAACUAUCCGAGUAGGAGUAAAAAAUUGCAACUUGUGUUGCUACAAGAAAAUGACAAAGUGGCAAAAGCAACCAGUAGGAUAGAUUGUUACGAUUGAAAAUUGUAAAUUUUUCCUUGACGAUUAGAUUUAUUUGGAUUGUUUGUGUCCUUUUUCAUUGUUUGUGGGGGGUAGACUUAGGAGAGGGGAAUUGGAAAUGGAGAUUGCGGAUAUUUCCCCUAAUUUAUAGAAAGUUCUAGGAAAAACGUAGGAG